GAUAAUUUCGCGCCGAAGAGGCGCGGAGUGUGCAGCGAGACACGGUGGCGGCUGGUUCGAGGAUACGUGUAUAUUCAAGAAAUUAAAUUUAGUAAAAGUGGUGUUGCAAAUUCUAUGGUUGGUCGUUUUCCUUUGAACGAGAAGCUUAUAUAUCUUACAUAAUUUCAUUACGAAUAUUUUGAUCGUCGUUCCAAUCGACACUGUGCCCUCGUGCUCUACUGACAGAAGAAUACAGCAUAUCUGAACCAUGGCGGCCCUGAAACGAAUAGUCAACCUAUCGAGAGCUCUCAAAACCAUGACGGUUACAUCUCGUCCUUGUAUCCAAGCGUCAAAAAAGACCUAUUUCACGUACGUGAACGAACCGUCUAUGCCAAUACCCGGCAAAGAACCUUGUUGGCUAAAAACCGCCGACGAAGCCAUCGAACAAGCAGAACUAGAUUCAGAUCAAGUGGUGUUUGUUCAGGGAGCAGCAGCGACACCUGUUGAAUCUUUGAGGGCAAUGACUGAGUAUGGUGUACGAUGCGACGUCAGAAACGUACGAUUAUAUCAUAUGCAUCUCGAAGGGGCUGCCCCGUUCGCAAAACCAGAAAAUGCAAAACAUUUUAGGUCCAUCAGCUUAUUCAUCGGGGGUAACGUGCGAGCGGCUGUUCAAGCUGGAACCGCCGACUGUGUUCCGAUUUUCUUGCACGAGAUUCCACGAUUGUUUAAGGAAGGAUACAUUAAGCCUGACAUCGCUCUUAUCCAUGUCUCGCCUCCCGAUAACAACGGAUAUUGUUCGCUCGGCACUAGCGUAGAUUGCGUGAGGUCAGCCGUGAGCCAAUCGAAAUACAUCGUAGCGUUGGUAAACAAACACAUGCCAAGGACAUUCGGCGAUGGCAGCAUUCACGUUAGCCAUUUGGAUUUUGCCGUGGAGCAUCACGUGCCGCUACCGGUUCAUCCCGUGAAAGCGCCGUCGAAGGAAGAGCAAGAAAUCGGGAAAAAUAUUGCCCAGAACUUGGUGGUAGAUGGAGCCACGUUGCAAAUGGGUAUUGGUAGCAUACCGGACGCGGUGUUGUCGGCACUGAAGAAUCACAAAGAUCUUGGGAUUCACAGCGAGAUGUUCAGUGACGGUGUGGUUGAUCUUGUACAUAAAGGAUGCGUCACGAACAAUCAGAAAACAAUGCACAAUGGUCGAAUCGUCGGUUCGUUCUGCGUCGGCUCUCAAAAGCUGUACGAUUUUAUGCACAAUAAUCCGUUCAUAGAGAUGCUCGUGGUGGACUACGUAAACGAUCCAAAAAUAAUAGCUAGGCAACCGAACAUGACAGCCAUCAACUCGUGUAUCGAAGUUGAUAUCACCGGACAAAUUUGCUCGGAUAGUAUAGGGACUAAAAUGUAUUCCGGAUUCGGAGGACAAUUAGAUUUCAUCACGGGUGCAGCGAUCAGCGACGAUCGUUGCGGGAAGCCCAUUAUUGCGUUACAGUCCGUUACCUCGAAAGGUGAAAGCAAAAUUCAACCCGUCUUAAAAUUAGGUGCCGGUGUUGUUACGAAUAGGGCAAUUGCUCGAUAUGUUGUCACGGAACACGGAAUUGCCAGUUUAUUCGGUAAAAGUCUUCAGCAACGAGCGUACGAACUAAUUCAAAUCGCUCAUCCUGAUCAUAGAGAGUCUUUGGAAAAAGCAGCAUUUGAACGAUUGAAGGUUAUGCCAGCGCCCUAAACGUUUCACUAAAAAAAAAAAACUACACACCGACAAAUUCUAAUAGCAUUUCGCGAUGAUUUUCUACGCACAA